AUGUACGGCAACAACUACCAGCAGCCCUACGGCGCGCCCCCGCCCGGUCAGCAGCCCUACGGUGCUCCUCCCCCUGCCGGCGGUUUCGACCCCAACCAGCAGCAGGGCGGCUACGGUGCGCUCCCGCCCAACCAGUACGGACAGCCGAACCAGGGCUGGCAGCAGAGCCAGUACGCUGGUCCCGGUCAGUAUGCUCCGCAGAACCAGGGUUACGGACAGCCCCCUCCCCAGCAGCAGUACGGCCAGCCUCCUCCGAACCAGUACGGCCAGCCUCCGGCUGGUCAGUACGGCGCCCCUCCCCCUCAGCAGCAGUACGGUGCUCCCCCUGCCGGACAGUACGGCGCUCCCCCUCAGCAGGGAGGCUACGGCGCCCCGCCGCCUAACCCCUACGGCGCUCCUCCCCAGCAGCAGUACGGCGCACCCCCUCAGCAGCAGUAUGGCGCUCCUCCGCCCAAUCCGUACGGUCAGCCGGCGUUCCAGAGCUCGCCCGGCGGUCCCCGUUUCCUCGGCGUGCCCGUCCCCGCCCCUCCUCCCGCGCCGCCCACGACGAACCUUCCUGGCUACAACCCGACGUUUGACGCGGACCGCAUCCGCAAGGCGUGCAAGGGCUUCGGAACCGACGAGAAGACCAUCAUUGACGUGCUCACGCCGCUGGACGCCUUCCAGAUGGACGUGCUGUCGCGCACGUACGAGCAGACUGUCGGCCGCUCCCUGCAGAAGGAGCUGGACAAGGAGCUGUCCUCGUGGCUCGGCUACGUGCUUGAGCUUCUGUCUAUGGGCCCGCUGCAGGGCGACAUCUGGCUUCUGAACCGCGCCUGCAAGGGUGCGGGUACGCACGAAGAUCUGCUUACGGAGCUGCUCAUCGGGCGCACGAACGAGGAGAUUUUCCUGCUCAAGGAGGGCUUCCGCCGCACGUACAACAAGGACCUCGUCGCUACGGUGCGCGGCGAGCUCAGCAUGAAGACGGAGCGCAUGUUCAACAUGGCCCUGACAGGGACGCGUGACGAGAACCCAAACGUCAACCACCAGCAGGUGCAGCAGGACGUCGAGGCGCUCUACCGCGCCGGCCCCGGCAAGGCGGGCACGGACGAGAUCGGGAUCUGCGGCAUCCUGCUGCAGCGCAGCGACCAGCACCUGGCCGCGAUCGCGCAAGCGUUCCCGCAGCGCCACCGCGUGACGCUGUCCAAGAUGAUCGCCUCCGAGUUCUCGGGCCACAUGAAGGACGCCCUCCUCCAGGUCGCGCGGGGCGCAGAGCACGACGGCGCAGGCGUCUACCGCGACACCGAGCUCAUCGAGGAGAGCAUGGCAGGCAUGGGCACUAAGGAUGAACGGCUCUGCUACCGCCUCGUCCGCGCGCACUGGAACCGCCCCCGCUUCGCAGCCAUCAAGAACCAGUACCAGGGCCUGUACCGCAAGACGCUCACGAGCCGCGUUCAGGGCGAGACGAGCGGCAAGUACGAGCGUGCCCUGGUGUCUAUCAUUGAGCAGAACUAG